AAGUAUGGCUGCUGGACAAUGGAGUUCAUUACCGGCCGAUAUUCUUCUGAAAAUAUUCGCCUACCUCGAACAAGGGGAGAAAGUGCGGGCUUCCACCGUGUGUAAGAAUUGGCGCAAUGCUUUCCAUUACCCCGAAUUUUGGCGAGAAUUCCACUUCGUAAUCAGGGAUGCUCCUGUAGAACACUGGCACCAACACUGCUUGGAAAAUCAUGGAGGUCAUUUCAGACACGUAGUGAUCAGUGUUGACCAAAGUUCUACGGAAAACCGGAAUAUGGCUCUACAAAUUCUUAGUGCAUUUGCAAACUUAGAGAGGGGAAAACUCGAAUCCCUAGCAAUAAAAUUUACCGGAGAAAAUCCUCUUUUCUACAACGGAGCAGAAUUUACAGAAGGGCUGUUCACCAUGUUUGGUUUUGCACAUAGAACGGUUGAAUUUUCACCAUUUUCCCUUAGAACAGGAGAUUUCAGUGGGCUGCUAAUUUCUUAUACGGACGAGCUUCUGGAACAACUAGCAAUUUGUCAUCCAAGGUUAGAGAAUCUUAACAUUACGAGUAAUAUUUACUGCUAUCGUGUGUCUCACGAAGGGCUUCUAAACUUAGCCCGUAAGUGUCGUAAUCUUAAGUCUUUGAAAAUAUUCCACUGCACUUUUUCUGAUGACAUUCUAAGAGAACUUGCAAGCGACAAUCGAGCGGCCUUGGAAACACUGACCAUAGUAAGCAACAGAGAGGACAGAUAUGGAGAAUACGACAAUAUGACCACUGAAAGGGUUUGGCAAGAAUUGGGCCCGAAAUUCACAGACCUUCAAAUGAACUUGAUUUUCGAACCAGAGUGUUUCGUAGAAAAGAUCGAAAACGUCAUAAAGCGAGGUAUGCCGGUAAAUUAUCUGUACAUGCAGAACUCUGCCAGCUGUUUCCGUCCGCUGAAUAAAUCAGCAGCCUUCUUUAAGAAUACACUGGACACCGUCGUCCUGAAGAUGCCCUUCACCCCCGCUCUUGUUCGUGCCUUUAACUUCCUCGGUCAGAGAGCCCUCCGUCUGACAUCCUUACAGGUCAGCUGUGAACUUCCGCCGGAAGUUAUAGAUGAAGUUUACCGACUUCAGCCUCAACUGAAGGAAUACAACAGGUCGAUAUUAAAACCUCAACAAGACUGAGCUAUACAUGAUACAGGAAAUAUUGACGUCAUAGGCCUGAAACGUGACAGCAAAUUGGAAGAAUUUAGAAGUUUUUCAAGGCGAAAAAAAAAUCGGAAAAAAUGACUUGGAUAGAUCCUUUGAGA